AGGGCGCCGAUUGAGCCACGGUCGCGUCAAUCGGUGUGACGUCCUUUUGUUGCUGGGGCGUUGAAAACACCCGAGGAGAAAACGUUCGUAGCGAAUCCGAAACCGAGCAGGAUGGGGCGUUGAAGAUUUAAUCACAUUCUAUGUUUGCAACAUUUGCGGCCAGGGGUUUUACAAGAUACAUGACGGGGACUCGCCAUUUCCCGCUGUUUAUCGGUGCGCGCUGAUUGGUUGGUGGGGGCCGAGGUCGUUUCCGCUGCAUGUGUCCUGUGUCUGAGGGUUUCUCCUGUCGCCGCGGUUACCAGAGCCUGUGAUGGGCCAGAUCUCCCAGAGAGAACAAGCAUUAUUUUAUUUUUGACUCCGAUUUUACCCUCAGCGAACUGCCUCACCCAGAAGCGGCACCAUGUUCUGGAAGUUUGACCUCCACACCACGUCGCACAUCGACACCCUCCUGGAGAAGGAGGACGUGACCUUGACGGAGGUCAUGGACGAGGAGGAUGUCCUGCAGGAGUGCAAGGCCCAGAACCGCAAGCUGGUGGACUUCCUGGUGCGGCCGCAGUGCAUGGAGGACCUGGUGUCCUACAUUACCCAGGAGCCCUGCGACGACAUGGACGAGAAGAUCAAAUACAAGUACCCCAACAUAUCGUGCGAGCUGCUGACCUCGGACGUGGGCCAGGUGAACGACCGUCUGGGCGAAGACGAGAACCUGCUGAUGAAGCUCUACAGCUUCCUGCAGAACGAGCCCCCACUCAACCCCCUGCUGGCCAGCUUCUUCAGCAAGGUCCUCAGCAUCCUCAUCAGCCGCAAACCUGACCAGAUCGUGGAGUUCCUGCGGAAGAGGGAGGACUUUGUGGACCUGAUGAUCAAACACAUCGGCACGUCGGCCAUCAUGGACCUCCUGCUCCGCAUGCUGACCUGCAUCGAGCCACAGCAGCUACGGCAGGACGUCCUGAACUGGCUGAACGAGGAGAAGGUGGUCCAGCGGUUGGUCGAUAUGGUGCAGCCCUCUCAGGAUGAAGAUAGGCACUCGAAUGCGUCACAGUCUCUGUGUGAGAUCAUCCGUCUGAGCCGGGACCAGAUGUUCCAGGUGCAGGGAUGCUCUGAGCCCGACCCCCUGCUGGCCACACUUGAAAAGCAGGAGACCGUGGAGCAGCUGCUGUCCAACAUCUUCGACAAGGAGAAGAACGAGUCGGCCAUCGUCAGCGUGAUUCAGAUCCUGCUGACGCUCUUCGAGACCCGGCGGCCCGCGUUUGAGGGGCACCUGGAGAUCUGCCCCCCAGGGAUGUCCCACCCCUCCUUCUCUGUGAAUCAGAGUGUCCUGCAGGCAGUUAAACCCAGACUGAAGGACUUCCACUCCCUGCUGCUGGAGCCUCCAAAGAAAAAUGUGAUGAAGACGACGUGGGGGGUUCUGGACCCCCCUGUGGGGAACACUCGGCUGAAUGUGGUGCGGCUGGUGGCCAGCCUGCUGCAGACCAACACUCACAUCAUCAACCUGGAGCUCAUCCACCUCAACACUGUAGGAGUCAUUCUGGAUAUGUACUUUAAAUAUAUAUGGAACAACUUCCUGCACAUCCAAGUAGAAAUCUGCACUGCGAUGAUCCUCGCCAUGCCCCCUGCCCACAUCGAGAACCCCGAAAUCAACAGGGACAGCGAGCAGGAGUCGGUCAGGGAAAACCACCUCGUCAAACACAUGUUCCAGAAGUGCCAGUUGAUACAGAGAAUACUUGAUGCCUGGGUCUCCAAUGAGAAGGAGCAGGCCGAGGGCGGGAGGAGACGAGGCUACAUGGGUCACCUGACCAGAAUAGCUAACUCCAUCGCGCACAACAGUGACAAGGGGCCCAACAGCACCCUCAUCAUGCAGCUGAUCUCAGAGCUCCAGGAGGACGAGCGGGAGAGAUGGGAGGCCUUUGUCUCCGGGACGCUAGCGGACACAAACAAGAAGAACACUGUAGAUCUAGUAAAUACGCAUCACAUCCACUCCUCCAGUGAUGACGAAGUGGACUUUAAGGACAAUGGCUUCCACCAGGACUCCUCUUUACAGCAGGCCUUUUCUGAUUAUCAGAUGCAACAAAUGACGUCCAAUUUUAUUGAGCAGUUUGGCUUCAAUGACGAGGAGUUUGCCGAUCAGGACGAUGUCGUGGAUAUUCCAUUUGAUAGGAUAUCAGACAUCAAUUUUUCUUUGAAUACAAAUGAAAGUGCGAACAUAGCUCUGUUUGAAGCCUGCUGUAAGGAGAAGAUCCAGCAGUUUGAGGAUGCCGGGUCGGACGAGGAGGACAUCUGGGACGAGAAGGACGUGACCUUUGCCCCUGACGCUCAGAGGCGUCCCCGGAGUUCGGGCAGCACGGACAGUGAGGAGAGCACAGACUCUGAGGAGGACGAGGCGAAGAGGGACCCCUUCGAGCCCAGCGGCCCCAACACAGACGAGCGCAUGGAGGUGGACCCUGGAGACGCUCCUGCGUGGACGGCUAACUUCGACGACAUCCCCAUGGAGACGGCAAGCUCCACGGCGACCGGCGGGCCCUCUGUAGCAGCCGUUGUCCCGGCAGUGCCGGACGGGUGGAGCUCGCCCAAUCAGGCGUCAGGGAAGGACACGGGCUGGGCCGACUUCGGCAGCUUUCCCCCGGCUGCUUGCCCCAAGGGUCCUUUGAGGAGCAAUUCCCCGGUUGCCAUGGAGACCAGCACGGAGACGGUCGACCCCCUGGGCGUCAACGCACCUGCGCAGCCUGAAGGGGUGGACCAUUGGCUGGGGGAGGAGGCGGUGGCGCCGGAGCCCGAGGGCGGGACUAAGACGGAGGGGGUGGGGCCAGAGGUGGAGGAGGAGCGGACCUCCGACCGCAUCACGGAGACGGUCACUAACGGGUCCAUGAAGGAGACCGUCAGCCUUACUGUAGAUGCCAAAACCGAGACCGCUGUUUUCAAGAGAGUGUUGAAAUCCUAUCGUGAGGAGGAGUCUCCCUCUGAAGACGCGUCGGCAAAGUGCGCCGUGCCGGAAGUCACCGAGCCAGAGAAAAGCCCCGCCCCCACCGUGGCCCCGCCCACCGCCAGCUGCCAGAAACAGAGCUCAAAGCACUUAGAGGAGAAGGGCCGGGCCCCCAUUGAGGUGGUGAACGGGCCCCUGGAGCUCACCGCCAUGGAAGAAGCCAAAUCAGACCAGCGAGUGCCGUUGGCCGAGGCGGCAGUGAAUGGGCCGGCAUGAUGCCCCGCCCCCCCGGGCAGCUCUAGCCCCGCCCACAGCGCACAGCUCUACGGCCUCCAGUAGGGGGCAGUGCAGGCUGCCUCAGCCACCACUGCACAGAGUUCAGCGGAUCCGGACCAGCAAUAUUCCCUGUACAGAGUUCCACCCGAGGAACCAGACAAAAACGCAGAGAACUUUUUCAUUUUGUUUAUAUACUAUUGUUCUUAUGAGGUGAUCUGUCCACUCUCACCACUUAAAGGUAAUAGUAAUGUUGCUAUAGUUACAAUGAUUGUAUGAAUAAAGUAUUUUAUAAAAAAAAAAGAUGUAUACAGAAACUGAAAAUAUAUAACGGAAAUAUACCAAUUGGAACACAGUGUGACCAAAAAGAAUCAAGCUGUUUUUGGUAGGGUUACCUCUUGCACAAAAUCGGAUAUUUAAUUUCCUUCAAAGUUAAAGCAACAUCUACUAUGAACAUGUUAAUCUGCAACUUAUGUUGGUCUUUUUUUUUUUUUUCUUUAUAUUAAGCUGAUUAUUAGGGAAACGUAUAAUUUUAAAUAUUCAACGAAGGGUUUUUUUUUUUUGCUACAGGUAUUAUUUGUAAAUGUUACUUGUAUCCUUGAAAACAUGAGCAAGAUUUGACAACCUUUGGUAUAGUUUUUAACUUUAUUUAUUAUUGAGAAGUAGUUGAUAAUGUUACGUUACUAAAAGAGCCAUACGCUUGUUCUCCCGCUUGAUGAUAUUAAACUGUGCAAAAACCCCG